CAUUUUUUCCGGAAAUAAACAGUAUCCCUCCCCUCGCCGUGGGGCCUGCUUGGUUUGAGCCGUUGGGAACGGUUGGGGGAAGUGGGGAGGGGCGUGAAUUGGGGCUCAAAGGGACGGGAGGGAGGGCAAGGGCCCUCGUGAACACCUGAGGAUGCUGCGAGGCCUGGGAGGUUGGUUCGGGGUGAGCCGGGCGGAGGAGGGAGAAGCCGGGCAGGGCGAGGCGGGCCGCAGCGGGAAGGAGGAGGAGGAGGCGGCGGCGGAGAGUGCCGAGGAGCAGGUGGAGCUCACGCUGGAGGCUGGCUCGGACACGGACCCCCUUCUCAGCCAGGCCAAAGGGAUCGGCAGUUAUCUCUUCAGUUUUGCCAGUACGGCCACAAAAAAGAUUUCUGAAUCAGUUGCUGAAACGGCACAAACUAUAAAGAAGUCUGUAGAAGAAGGAAAAAUAGAAAAUAUAAUUGACAAGACAAUUAUAGGAGACUUUCAGAAGGAACAGAAGAAAUUUGUUCAAGAACAGCAUACCAAAAAAUCAGAGGCAGCUGUGCCACCCUGGGUUGAUAGCAAUGAAGAAGAAACAAUUCAGCAACAAAUACUGGCCUUAUCUGCAGACAGAAGAAACUUCCUGCGUGAUCCACCUGCAGGGGUUCAGUUUAAUUUUGACUUUGAUCAGAUGUCUCCAGUGGCAAUGGUAAUGCUUCAGGAGGAUCAGCUUCUGAAUAGAAUGAGAUUUGAUCUUGUUCCAAAGCAUGUGAAGGAAGAAGUUUUCUGGAGGAAUUAUUUUUACCGUGUCUCACUAAUUAAACAGUCUGCGCAACUCACAGCACUAGCUGCACAACAGCAGGCAGCAAGAAAGGAGAAGAAUGGUAGUGAAGAAGAUAGACAGCUAACAGAAACGGUGAGGCCAAAAACACCACCGGUAGCAAUCAAGUCUCAGCUAAAACCUCAAGAGGAAGAUGAAGAGAUUUCCACUAGUCCGGGGGUAUCAGAGUUUGUGAGUGAUGCAUUUGAUGCAUGCAGCCUGAAUCAGGAAGAUUUGAGGAAAGAAAUUGAACAGCUUGUGCUUGACAAAAAGAAGGAUACAACCACAGAGGAAGAAGAAACUGCAGACUGGGAGAAGGAACUACAGCAAGAGCUUCAAGAAUAUGAAGUAGUUACAGAGUCAGAAAAACGAGAUGACAACUGGGACAAAGAAAUAGAGGAAAUGCUACAGGGGGAAAACUAACCACUUUGGAGAGAUGUGUUCUGGAAACUGACAUGAACUUGUUUUUAUAUUUUCUUCAGAGAUUUGCUUCCUGAAGCAAAAAAAAUGCUCUUUCUUAAAUAAGACUCCAGGUGAUGUGUAAUCAGGUAUAAGAACUGUUCUAUGAAAGUGUUGUUUGUAGUCGAGAGGGCUCUAAGGCACUAAGAGUUGUUUUGAUUUCAAGUGUUGGGUAUUUUCCAACAGCCGCAUACUUUGUUUGACAACUUUGAGGUUAAGAGAAUUGCAAAUGUGAGUUUUAGUGCAGAACAGAAAGAUGUCGGGCACAUGUCCAUGAAAAGGAGUAUGCACCCAAAAGAGCCUUCUGGAUCACUGUGCAUUUUAAUUAUUUUGUUAUCUUUGGGUUCUAGAAAAAUACUAGUUGGAUUUUCAAGACAUGAAUAUCUGUUUAAGAAAAUUUCUGUGGACUGAUUUAUGUAGUGAAAAACUGGUAUUCAUCUGCUUUCAUGCAAAUGAUGGUACAUCAUGCUGGUGCUGCUCCAUCUCUUUCAUUUAUAAACAACAUAUGGAAAGGUAUCCAUUAAAAUAUAUCUAACAUUG